CAGGAAGAGGGGAGGCGUACUUCUAUGUUUACUUACUUUUUAGUCAGAGGCUAGUACACUUGCACAUUCCACUCCGGUCGGCCGAUUGCCAGUCGAAUCGCUGCAGUCUUUGUGCAUUUAAAAUCAAACUUUCUGAAUUGCAUUUUGUUAGGCGGUGAUUUUGUGUGACAAGGAUUUCUCUUUUACAUGUCAGUGAACAGCUGUGAGGUCUAUCCAUACAUGACUAUGAAAUAAAAUGAAAUUUAGAUCCUGUGAGAUAACUCCGGAGCAAGUGAGGUUGCUACUGUUCAAAGAGUGUGAUUGGAGGGGUAGGAAAGUUCUCUUUGAUUCAUCUACAAUAGAGAGAAUCCCAGCUGAUAAGAAUGGAAAGCCAGAUCAACACCAGAAGACUGAUAUCCCUUGUAUUGUGGAGGUGGCAGAUGGAUACAGCUAUGUGUAUAAGGGGCCGGCGGCGGACGCGAGCGUGCUCGGUGAUAUGAUAUUUGGUGCUGUCGCGAUGAACUUUAAAAAUGUCUCGCUGAAGAUUCACAUUAUGAAUGAUCCUAAAAGGUUUAUGUGCACGAAAGUGUUCUGCGUACCAAUGUCCCGAAGGAUAAGCCGCGUCGAGCGCAAGACCAGCGAAACCAACAAUAACGUGGUGCGCAACUCAUCGACGCCUUUAAACGUGCCAUCGUGGAGGGGAGAGGAGGUGUCACUCAGUUUCUCCAUCGAUAGGGGAGAUUCGGGUUUCUACAGCGAGCAAUCACCUUUCAGCAGCGUGGGGUCAAACUUCGAACACUAUUCCAUGUACGAUACCGGGGAUAGAAGUAACACGCAGGACGAGUUAAGUUUCCAUUGCCCGUCGGGUCGCAAGCUAAGCGUGUCCAGUACAGGCAGUUGGCAACGUAGAACCUUCCAGAGUAUGGCCACACGCUUCGACCUCGGCAGUUCCAGCUUCCUCAGUGUUCCUAACACCGCCAGUUCUGAUUCACAGAUGUACAGCAAUAGUACAACGAGCGGCACAAGUGAUAGCCUCCUGAGCGCAACAUCAGGAGUAGCGCCGCGUAGGAACAAGCUGGGAUUAGCUUUGUUGAUCACUGUACCUGAUUCCUCUGAUAUGGAUUUCAUCCGUCGGUGUGUGGAGCACUCACCUCAGUUGCAAGCAUUGGUGUGUCGAUUACGAGCCGCGACAAUGGCUGCGGGAGCUGGAGGCAACUUUGUAUCUACGUUACAUAAAGCUACGAGGGAUGCUGCGAGAUGGUUAUCUGACUUAAUGUACGGUCCACGGCUACAGUCAUCGUGGUUGAGCCUGCUAAACUGCGAGCCGCGUUCUUGCGCCAAGCAGUCAGAAUCCUUGUUGUCGGAUAUCUGCGCAGUGUUAACAGUGGGAGACACCAAGGAUACUAAUUUUUUCAUCAGCACUCUGCUCACCAACGUGCUCACUUAUCACCUCGGCUGGGUGACUACAGUCAGCCCGUACGACGCCAUCGCCCUCGCGGGAGGUCAGGCAAAGCCCUCCGGCAAAGAGUGUCGUCGUCCAUACAACGCGCUGUGGGCGCAGCUCGGCGACCUCUGCGGCAGCAUCGGCUGUCCACCCCGCGCCGCCAGGACCAUCAUCGCCGGCACCACCAACGCGCACUUCAUCAACAAACUCCUCACCGUGCUCACAUACUUCGUCCGCUGUGGUGAUGUCACCAGGACCGACUUCGCAUACAAAGACUGUGAUUAUCAGGAAGGCAAAGUCAAAUGUGUCAAUGUCGCACACGAUUACGGUCUCGGCGGGAACGAGUCGUGCGGGAAUAGCGCCGGGCGACUCAAGUCGCCCGAUAGUUUAAAAGUGCCGUCGUUCAAUACUCAGAGUAGCGGUAGUAGUGUUAGUACGUUAGUUUCGAGCGAGGUCAGCCUCAAAAGGUCGGCGACGCUCUCUAAUUUUAAUGAUAAGCUCUCUAAUGCCUCGGAGCCGGCGGUCUGCAGCGAGAGGUCGGUCGCCGGGAUGAGGAGGAACCCCACGGUGCUGAUCUCAUUGAAAGGUUCGGACUCGAGUCUAGAUUCCUCCGGGUCGGACUUGGAGUCGGAGAAUAAGGUGGUGUUCGUUCUGGGCGAGGACGAGAAGUUGGUCGGUUUGAAGAACAAAUCGAAUGGCGGAAGGAGCGUCAAGAAGUCCUCGAAUGCGCAGAAGGAGGGGACGGGUCCAGUGGCGCAGGAGACGUGCUCGGGGGCCCGGCGGGACUGCGCGCGGGACAGCUCGUGCGGCCCCGACAGCCCCUCCAAGUGCUGCCGUCAGACACUGCAACAUUCCAAGCCAAUAAAACAUUCCGGUUUUAAGUUUGAAUUCGAUAAGUACCCACAGAUAGUCACUAAUUAUAUGAAGAGCAAAAACUUAGAGAUACUAGAUAGGCAUUACAUAGGGAAGCCGGGGAACUUAAAGCUGGACAACUUCCAGUUCGACCCGACGAUAGUUCCGCCCAUCCAGGAGGAGAGAUGCGACACUUGCUACAAGUGCCAGCUGAUGGAGUCGCUGCUGCAGACGCCCACCAAUGCUUCCGAAAUGGAGUACAUGAACGACAUGCCCCGACAGUCUGAGCCGCAAGUCGCCAAAGAGGUCAUCGUGGGAGAUGAGAAACGCGAGAUGUCGCCGAAGACUUUUGUCAGAAAACGAAAGGAGAACACUAUUAUAGUAAACUUCAGUAGUUCCAGAGACAAUUCAAGGCCGGCACCGCAACGUAGACAUAGACAAAGCGGGGAAAAGCCCAAGGAAACAGUAGACGUGAAGCAAGUUCUAGAAUUUCCAUUGCCAAGUGUUUGUUGUCGAUCUCACCAGUGCCAAAUGCGAUCCGGAUUCGAUGCGUCUCUGUUGGGCGGCCUCACUGAACACUAUAUACCUGAUUUAAUUUUACAAGGAACAAUUUCAAAUCCUAAAAGUUGGGAGACUGAGCUACGGCGGGACCUAGACCUCACAUCGUACCUGAACAAAACUCUGGACACGCCCAUGCAAGCAGUCGCCAUCGUUGGAGAUACAAAUACUUGGGAGGUGCGCGUGGUGGGGCGGGAUUGCGGCUGGGGCGGGCUGUCGCCGUUAGUGGGCGGCAUGUUGGACGCACUGCCUCUCAUGCGACACGCUAAAGUACCCGCCUAUCAGUGCAUACAAUAUUUAGAAGGCAAAUUACGUGAGUUAUGCGUACUAUCCAAGACUCUGGCUGAUCUACUCAUGACGACAGACUUUUGCGACAUCGCUUCACUGACCAAAUCCCUCAACAUUGAUGUGAACGACGUGCCCCUUCUCCUGGCCGUGGCCACCACCCACACGCCGCAGCUGGCCAAUCGCUACGGCAUCAGCUAUAGGUAGCCACGCCCACAACACACACCACGCCCACCACACAACACUUUAUUUCAACACGUCCCCAUAGCUAUAAGACUGACCUAUAUCUAUCAAUAUUGAACACAUCUAUUUUAAAUAAUCCCCUCGCUUACUUUUUACCCCCACUUUGUAACUCUCACUGUCAAAAUUAUGACUUAACGUCACUGUCAACAUUUGAAGUUACGUGUUGCAAUUUUGAUGUAAUUUCUUUUUAACUUUGUAAUACAAAUUGUCCUUUUCCAUUUGUAAUAAGGUUUUUUGAAAUAUAUGAAUGUUAAAAAUAAGAUUUUUCAAAGAUAGAUAAAGUUAAAACAAUUUUGGAUACUUAGUGGAAGUAGCGGCUUUAUACAUUUCUAAACGUACAUAUCAAAUAUAACUUUUUUUCUAUUAGUACUAUAGAUAAUAUAGAUUACAAAAAAAAAUCAGGUAUUUUAUCCAUUUGGGCUUUAACAAUCGGCGUAAUACGUGACAAUUGAAUUUGCACUUUGUCACAAGAGUGAGAAAUCAUUUUUGUAUAGCGUUGUCUCUGUCUAUCGCAGUAACGUAUUGUGACGUCACUUGUGCGAUAGAGACAGCGCUCUACAAAACUAUACCCAUCUUUGCCAUACAUCGCACUCUUGCCAGGUAAAAUGGCGCGUAUUAUAUUUGCUUAUUGAGCUUUGUUUAUCGGUGGGAGACAUAUCUGUGAUUUAAUAGAGUUGGUAUAUUUUUAUUUGUAUAUAUUUACAUAUUUAUUGUGAUUCAAUUUGAUUGGAAAAAUGAGUUUUGAUGUUUUUGCUGUGAUUGCGUUAGAAACGAAAAUAUGUAUAUUUAAUACAUUUUUUUUUGUCAUAAUAAUAGUGUUUUGAACACUGGCAACUAUUAAGUUUAUAUAUGUAAUCAAAUCAUUUAAAUGCUGCCCUUCAUUUGUUACUAACCGUGGAUUUCUGAAACCAAAAUCUCCGUUUAAAAUAUAUUGUUCCCUGUUAUGUCAAAGAUAAUG